AUGACCUCCCCUAUUACAGUUGGUAUCAUUGGUGCCACUGGAAGCGUUGGUCAGUCCGUCGUUAAAGGGCUACUUUCUUCCGAAAUCAAUUUUAGUAUCACAUCCUUCACCCGUCAAACCUCGAUCGACAGCCCUAUCAAUCAUAACUUACGAAACGAUGGCCUUGCUAUUACCGGCUAUGACUUGGCCCAGCCACAAGAAACCCUCGUGAAUAAGCUGCGAGGAAUUGAUAUCCUCAUUUCUUGUAUGAAUUGGGAAAAUUUACAUCUCCAAAAGCACUGGGUUGAACCCGCAAAGUCAGCGGGUGUCAAGCGGUUUGUACCCUCCGAGUGGGUUGCGCCUACACCACCAGGCAUCAGUAAUGUCCAAGAUACGAAGCGUGAUAUUCUGGCUGCCAUUCAACGCGCUCAUCUGCCAUAUACCGUCAUUGACGUGGGUUGCUGGUUUGAGGUCUUUGUUCCUAAGAUCGCGUCUGGGAGAUCAGAUCACGCCCAUUGGAGCCUUAUCGACCACCGAAUUGUCGGCGAUGGAAACCAGAAGUUCGGUUUGAUUGAUCAGACUGAUAUUGGUAAGUAUGUGGCUCAGAUUAUCACCGACCCCCGAACCAUAAAUAAGCAUGUCUUUGCGUAUACCGAAGUCCUGAGUAUGAACGAGAUAUGGGAUACUAUGGCUAUUGUAAGCGGGGAAGAGCCUGUAAAGGACCAUGUCUUUGUCGAGGAGCUUGAAGCGAUUAUCCAAGAUUAUCCCAAAAAGGUGGAGAAUAAUCCCGGGAUACAGGACACUGUGAAUUUCAAUAUGGCACAGUUUCGAAUAUCCUGGUGUGUUCGAGGAUAUAAUACGCCAGAGUACGGCGAGUACCUUGGGUACCUGGAUUUCACCCAGCUCUUCCCUGACUUUCCAAAGGGGAAAAGCCUGAAGACUUACUAUCGCGAAGUUGUCAACGGAACUGCGGAGUAA